AUGUUGGGUAAAACGCUCAAGUUCCAAGCGCUCGUCAUCGCGCUCGUCGCGGUGUCGUGCGUGAUCGAAGACGGCGCGCAGGCGAUCGCGAAGAAGAUUACGCGAUGCGUCGUGCGCGACUUUACGUUGGCGACGGUGUCGCACAUCGCCGCGGGAGCGGCGAGUUCGACGAAGAAAGCGUUGGCGAAGGUAAUGUUACUUAUGCAUGCGUUCUCCCUGUUCGACGUGUACGUGCGCGGGAGCUCGUGCUGCCCGACGAAGCUCAUGGCGGCGCAGGCGUGCGCCGGCGCGCUCGCGUACGGGUUGUACGGCGGCGCGUUACCGAUCCCGAAGAUCGGUGGUGGUAAGAAGAAGUCGGCCAAGAAGUCGUCGUCUUCAGCCAAGAAGGCGACGCCCAAGCGUGCGAGCUCGAGAUCGAGCUCGAGAUCGCGAAAGUGA